UGGGUGGGCCAUGCUACUACUACACUCCCCCAGUCUGGGAUGCUACUCUGGGGCUGACACACACACACGCACACACGGGUACGACUGAUCCUGGGCAGACGAUUCAUUUAACUCUAUUAGAGGGUUGUACUCACUCCGGGGAUCCCGAACCACAUCUUGAGUCCUCGCGGUGUAACACGGAGGAGUUUUAUCAUCAGGGAGGUGAUGACUGAAUCUGCAGGGAGGGCUUCCACCAUGGAGUCUGCUGCGGCUGCUCCUGACUACCCUAGGAAGAUCUUGGACUACAUGGAGGGCUUCUUGGUCUCCAAGACUAUGUUUGCGGCGUGUGAGCUGGGUGUGUUUGACCUGCUCCAGACCUCAGGGCGCCCUCUGUCUGCAGGAGAGGUAGCGCAGGCCGUGGGGGGCAGUCUGGAUGGGAUCGAGAGACUGCUGUCUGCCUGCACAGGACUGGAGCUGCUCACUGCCCACACACAGGAUGGACAAGUGAUGUACAGUAACACGGAACAGUCCCGUGUGUAUCUGACCCGCUCCAGCCCGGUGUCUCUCUACCACUCCAUCCAGUACAACUCCAGAACCAUCUACCUCUGCUGGCACUACCUGACCGACGCUGUGAGAGAGGGCACAAACCAGUAUGAGAAGGCAUUUGGGGUCAGCUCCAAAGACCUGUUUGAAGCCCUGUACAGGUCGGAUGAGGAGAUGGUGAAGUUCAUGCAGCUGAUGAACUCCGUCUGGAACAUCUGCGGCAGGGACGUGGUCACAGCAUUUGACCUUUCCCCUUUCAAGAACAUCUACGACCUUGGAGGCUGCAGUGGAGCAUUGGCAAAGCAGUGCACGUUGGCAUACCCAGAAUGCACUGUAACAAUCUUUGACCUCCCAAAGGUGGUACACAUGUCGAAAGAACAUUUUGUUACCGACGGCAACCAGAGGAUAGGCUUUCACGAAGGGGACUUCUUCAAAGACCCUCUGCCAGAAGUUGACCUCUACGUUCUGGCUAGAAUCCUCCAUGACUGGACGGACCUGCGCAGUAUAGAGCUACUGACCAAAGUCUACCGGGCUUGUAAACCAGGAGGUGGGGUAUUGCUGGUGGAGGCGUUGCUGCAUGAAGACAGAUCAGGUCCGUUGACAGCCCAGCUGUACUCCCUGAACAUGCUGGUGCAGACAGAGGGGCGAGAGCGGACGGCAGGGGAGUACACCAGCCUGCUGUCUGCCGCCGGCUUCAGGAGCGUGGAGGUGCAGAGGACGGGCAAGAUAUACGACGCCAUCCUGGGGCAUAAAUAGAGAGAACCGCAAUACCCCUGUACUCCCUGGCCCCUACAGAUGACCUCCUUCCCCCUGGACUCUUUGUCCCCUAGAGAUGACCUCAUCACCCCUGGACACCCUAUCCCCUAGAGAUGACUUCAUCACCCCUGGACACCCAGUCCCCUAGAGAUGACCUCAUCACCCCUGGACACUCUAUCCCCUAGAGAUGACUUCAUCACCCCUGGACACCCUGUCCCCUAGAGAUGACUUCAUCACCCCUGGCCACCAUGUCCCUUAGAGAUGACCUCAUCUUUCCUGGACUUCUAACUUCUAUCCUCUAUCCUACCUUAUCUUCUAACCGCUGGGCAGCCAAGUGGACAUUACUGGAGACCCUAGUCUAGAUGAUCUCUCUUCAUUUGUGUUUUUACUGUCGGGAUAAGAACACUGGGCUUUCUUCUUAUGAUGAUGCUCAUUCUCUCUGGUGUCCCUCGGGCGCGGCAGACGAUCUCUGUGUCAACUGCCUGAAACACCUGUCUUUAUGCUCAUGUUCUAGGUAUAAUUGAGUGUGUGCUCUACCCUGCUGAUAAAAGCGAUCUGGCUCAUUGCGUGAGUCCAUGGCAUUUUUUCCCAGCUCACCAUCUGCUACUCACUAUGUCGUCUUUGUAUCUGUUGGGGUAUCACUUGCUGUCUGUAUGUCUCCGUCCCCCCACUUACUGGUGCCUCCUUGCUCUUUGUAAUUGUGAAUUAAACUGUCUUUAAAAGGCAUGAAAUUAGAAUUGAUGUCAAAUCCCCCACGGAGACAGCCCAGUGUGAGCAUAAUAAUGGCAGAGUUAAGUGCUGGGUUAGAGGCACUGACAUCCCAGUAGGCAGCAGUGCCCGGGAACAGAGACGUGACAAUUAAGCUUGUUGCGGCUCUCAGGUUAAUGGUGCAAUGUCUGUUACAGGAAGACAGAGCUGGCUGUGCAUGACUGAACUGUUGUUCUUGUCCUGAUAAUCAGGGUUUGGACAAAAGUGCAGGUUUUGGAACCAUUAGGAUGAGAGGCAGGGGGAGGUUAGA